AUGGCCGGUAUUGACCAGUCAUCCUGUGGAGUACACCUCCACUCGAUGACCGGUCAUAACCGGUCAUCCGGUGGAGUACCCGGCCACUCGAUGGCCGGCCUUGACCGGUCAUCCGGUGGAGUAAACCUCCACUCGAUGACCGGUCAUAACCGGUCAUCGGGUGGAGUACACAUUCCACUUGAUGGUGGUAUUGACCAGUCAUCCUGUGGAGUACACCUCCACUCGAUGACCGGUCAUAACUGGUCAUCCGGUGGAGUACCCGGCCACUCGAUGGCCAGCCUUGACCGGUCAUCCGGUGGAGUACACCUCCACUCGAUGGCCGGUUAUGACCGACUCCACCUGACCACUGGUCAAAACCGGCCAUCGAAUGGAGUGUGUAGUCUAGUGGGAGAGUUUCUCUUUAUCUUGGCCGUUGGAUCUCUAACCCACACACCUGCCCAACACCAACUGCACUAA